AUCAAGCGGCCUCUCAAUGCAUUCAUGCUUUAUCGCAAAUUUUAUCAAGACGUUGCCAAAACGUGCUGCACUAAGAACAACCAUCAACAGGUUUCGACCGUUUGUGGGGAUUCUUGGAAGAACCUCGAGUCCUCACAACUUGUUCGUGAGUUUACUCGUCUGGCGGCAGAGGAGAGAAAAAGGCACGUAGAGGCCUUUCCCUCAUACAAGUAUGAUCCU